AUGUAUCCAAAUAAUUUAUUUUAUGGGUCAUUAUUGAUCCUGGUAAUAAUUACCGGAUGUACCAAUGCAACUCAUUUUAGGUUCGCCACAACUUCAUGGACACCUACUGCUCAAUAUAAUGUAAUUAAUAUUAAUAUUAACUUGGCAUACCGUUUGUCAUACCCUGCUUUUGCCAAUGUGACUGAGAGUGUCGUGCUCAGGGGCUACAAUGGAAAGCCUUAUGUGGGUAGUGAUGUAGGUAUCGUCAAUUUUGGCGAUGGAUCAGCCACCGCCUCGCCAGAGUGCAUCGUUACCUCUGUCAACAAGAAGGACGACUGGUUCACCUGUUACAUGACCGUCGUCAAGACCUACCCCACCGUCGUCAAGACCUACACCAUCGCCUUUACCGGCGCCGCACGCAUCAGUACCCUGCUCAAUAACCACGACGCCAACUACCGUGCCCAGAUGACCGUCACCAUCACUCCACCACCAGGCGUCACCUACUCAUCACCAGUGUCCGGAGUGUUGCCAAUCAUCAAUGUGAUCAAGGGUGUGCCAAACUCAUUCCAGAUCGUCUCCAAUAAUGCUCCAAACGUCAACAAUAUCACCAACCCACUAAGAUUUACACUAAGUAAUGAUGCCUUAAUGGGUGGAGGUGGCCAGGUCCAACCCCAGGGUCUUUCAGUCGACUAUACCACCGGCUGGGUCACCUUCACACCGGCCUCCCUCGGUCUCUACACCACCCAGAUUACCAUCACCAACGGUGUGGACUACAUCGUGGCCGACUUUAUCCUCAACUCGAUUGUUGCACCAAAGAGCCCACCAUUCUUCUUUGGCGAUACUCCUGAGAAUGGACAGGAGAUCGUCAUCAAUAACAAACAGUUCAAGAAGUGGGCCUACCAAGCCAUGUCCAACAUGUCCACGCUCAGUGUCAGCAUGUACUAUGCCAACUCACCCGUUGGAGUUCAGUGCACACCACAAGUAGGUUCCAAUCCAGGUCUGAUCAACUGUAGCUGGACCCCCACCCUAAAGGAUGUUGGUAGCUAUGUCGUAUCCCUUGGUGUUUCCGAUUCCCAAGGUACCGCAAUGAAUGGACAGAGGUCAUUCAUUCUCACAGUCCAAUCUCCACAAUGUGGCCAUGGUACUCCAAUACCUAAUUGCCAAGAGUCUACUUGUUGCACUUGUGAUGAGGGAUGGGACCCUGAUUCAAAUUGUUUCGAGUGUGUUCCAGGUAGAUAUGGAGCCAACUGCACAAAGAACCCACACUGCUUCAAUGGUACCAUCAGUGAUGGUGUGAAUGGAAAUGGAGUUUGCUCAUGCUACUUUGGUUGGACUGGUGCCGCCUGCAAUGUCACCGUCUCCCAGUUCUGUCUCCCCGCCAACCAGACCGCCGUCAACUCGUUCACCACUGGUCAAGGUUAUCUCAGCCCCAAGUAUAUGCUCGUCUACGUCGGCCAGUCAUCCCCAGCCUUCACCCUUCCCCUCUCCCUGUCCGUCCCUUCAACCUUGCCAUCACUCGAUGUCUACAUUCUACUAGACGUGGCUACUACCACUGACAUUGCCAACAUCAUCUCGACAUACAUCAACUCCUUUGUGACCACAAUGAAGACCUACUCUGACGAGGUCCGCUUUGGUCUCGGUGUGUUCUCCGACGCGCCAGGUGGCUUCAACUACACCAACGUACUUGUUCUCGGCUCCACGAUCACCACGACCGUCGCCAACUAUAAGUUCACUAUCACCACCACCUCGUCAUCCGCUCGCAACGGUCUUGGAGCACUUCUUGAAGCAUCCCAGGCUGCCGUUGGCUGGAACUCGCAAGGCUACCACUCCCUGCUCGUCAUUACCGACUCUGACUGCGAGGGCCCAUCCGACUUUUACAAGACUGUUGGUCAAUCAUUGAUUCAAAACAGUGUGAUGCCCACUGUGCUCGGUGUGGGCGGUGCCACUAUGACCAACUGGAAGAACUUCCUGACCUCUAUCACAUUUGGUUACCAGGAUGUGUCAACCUCGACUUCAACAUCCGAUUGGGCCACCCGUGGUGUUAACCUUGUGAUGAGCGCAGUCAAAUUGGUCGCCCCAUUCACCUUUGAUGACAAGGAAGACUUCAUCACCAACACUAUCGCACCAUUCAACACAGCCAUGCCCAAGACCAGUGCCAUCCCCUUCAAGGUCACGCUUCCAUCCGGUGCCAUCACCAAGAACCAAGCAAAGGCCUCCAUCUCAGUGCCAGGAUAUGGUAUUACCAACAUUGACUUCACAUACAAUCAUCCACCCGUUGCCAUCGCUGGUAUGCUCACCACCACAAAGAAUGUCCAACAAUCAUUCAAGUUCCUGGUCAGCGACGCCGACUCCAACCUGAUGCUUAUCAAGUUCACCUCCCUGCCCGACCCAACCAUCGGCACUGUGUCCAUCAAUGGACUUGAUGUCAACACAACUGCCAGCUACAGCUCAAAGAGCAGUUUUGUCUUUGUGCCCAAGCUCGGUGUGUUCAACAAACGCACGAACUUUGGAUAUUCGGUGACUGAUGGAUGCGCUACCGUGACAUCCACAUUCGGCAUCUCAGUCGUGGACGACUACACUGGCACGCCACCAACUGCCUUGCCAACACUGGUCAACACCACAGUCAACCAAGCUGUUCGCUUCACGUUCAACUUCACCGACACCAACAAGCCAACUGCCAUGGUGAUGCUCGGAUCCCUUCCAACCAACGGUGUGUUCACAUUCAUCAAUGGCACAGUCAUCACCAGCAGCAUGAUCGGUGUGGCCAUCCCCCAAACGAUCAUCUACACGCCCAAGACUGGAAUGACCAAUGAUGACACUGUCGAUGGAAGAGGUCCAUUGGACAUUGUAUACUUCUCAGUCCUCAACGACAAGGGAUACAUCUCAGCAAUCCAGGCUGUUGCCAACAUCUUUGUCAAACCAUUCCAUCCACCAACAUACACUGGUCAGCUCGAGUUCAACACUUUGGAGAACACGCCACUUACAUUCUUGCUCACUGGCAAGGUCGGAACCAACCAGGACUACUACACAGUUGUGUUUGACUCAAUUGUUGGCCGUGGAAACAUCAGCUACUUGAUGUGUGCAGAGUUGGACACUUGCUACAAGCUCAUGACCGCUCCCUUUGUUACCAAUCCAAUAUUGCCAAGCAAUGGCAAGUCCCAACUGCUCUACGUUCCACCACCCAAUGACUACCAAGACAAGAUCAUGAUCAUCAAGCUACGAUUGGUAUCACCAAAUGGAGACGCUACAGAUUCAAUCACCAUCACAAUCAAUGUUAUUCAUGUACCAAAGCCACCAACGAUCGUCUUGGAGAGACAACAAGUUGUUGGAUCAGAUGUGGUGUCUGCUCUCGCUUCAACUGUCAGCAUCAACAUUAAUGAGUCUGUGAUAGUGUCCUUCUCAUCCUACAACUUUGACACUCCCAAUGAGACAUUGUCCUGCAUCAUUCAGUCCACACCUAGAAGAGGCAACUUGUUCGUGUUCAACGCCAACUCAGAGAAUGCCACUGGACCAAUGAUCACUUCCGGUCAGAACCUGGGCGUCGCCACCAAUGGCACGUGGAAGGUAGUCUACCGUCCAGUCCCAGGCACAUCAGGACAGGGAUAUGCCAAGUUCACCUUUGCCACCAUCAGCACCCUUCAACUGAUAUCACCAUCCGUGAGCAUUUUGUUCAACGUGAACCCAGUGUUCCAUCCACCAGUGAUCACCGUCAAUCAGGUGAACUGGACAUCAUUGAUCAACACUGCACUUCUUGUCACCAACGUGACAUUUGUCUCUGUGGACGUCUCGUACCAGAACAUGACAAUGAAUGUGUCAUUGUCCGAUGCCGAUGGAAAUGCACCAGCUGAUGGUGUCGCCACACUCCAACUAUUCGGCACCACUGCCGGCUAUUGCAGAUUCCUAUCAAACACCUCUGUCAGCUGUCUGGCCAGCAAGUACCAGCUGAAUUUGAUGCUCUCACAGGUGACAGUCACUGGCACCAACGUAGCCAACUACCAGAUGAUUGUCUACGUUGAGAACACCCACUUGAAGCGUGUCAAUGGCUUGACUUUGUCCCAAAUCUCCGACACCAAGUCAGCCUCGAUCAGUCUGGCCGCAGGCAGCACCAGGACCACCACCAACACAACAGUACUCUCAGCCGCCAUUGCCGCAGCUGUGGCUGCCGCAGGACUAUUGGCUGCCGCCCUCUGGCGUCUUACCAAACAUCUUUCACCUCCAACCAGUGCCUUCUUUGGUGAUCAACCAUUCGCCGAUGGUGCCAUCCAAGACAAUCCAAUUUACAAAGAGUCAGACAAUGCUGGUGUCAAUCCACUUUAUCUCUCUUAA